AAGGCUAGUGGGACCGUUGCACACGGAGGGAUCUAGCCCGCCUGGUUUCGCGGCUCUGCUUGCGGCUCUGAGGGCGGAGCGGAGAGCGGAGUCGGCUGAACCGGUGGGAAAACAUCAGAUAUACCUGCGCAGGGGCGGAGACUCCUACUUGAGCAAGUUAUUUAGACUUUUUCACCAAGUAAACCAACACCAUCACACUAUAAUCACAAUAUCAUUGAUGGAGAAAGAAGCCACAUUCUCUAGUACAGGCCUUAUACAUGUUCCUUUCGGACAUGUUGUUGGAUGUGAGAAAUGGCGAGGGUCUCAGUUAGCCCAAGGAAUGCAAGGGAAGAUUAAGCUCGUCUUUGAGGAAGAUCUGACACUAGCGGAUUUUCACCUUUCUAAUAGAUUCUGUAUUCUUUAUAUUACUGAAGCAGAUCUGGUGGCAGGAAAUGGCUAUAAAAAAAGAAUUGUUCGACUUAGAAAUGCCAGUAAUCUUCAAGGGAUUGUAAUAGUUGAAAAAACACAGAUGAGUGAACAGUACUUUACAGCAGUGCAGAAAUUUGUUGUACUGGAACUUGGAAUGGCAUUGCUUCCGGUAUCCAGCCAAAUGGAAGCAUCCCAGCUUAUUAUCCAACUGGUUCAUGAACAAACCAAAGAGCGCAAUAGGAAUCCUUUUCUUAGGAAGAAAAGCUGCCAGCUUUCUGAAUCAUCAGUACUUCAAACAGUACAGCAGAUACCAGGAGUUGGAAAAGUGACAGCCCUGCUUCUGCUGCAGGAGUUUUCAAGUAUCCAAAAACUGUGCAAUGCAUCUAUCCAAGAACUUGAACAAGUAGUUGGACAUACGCUAGCAGAAAAAAUGCAUACAUUCUUUACCCAGACAAGGUGACAGGGCAUAAUCCUAAAAUAGUUUUUGGCCCUCCAGCAUCGCCAGAUUGUGAUUUUCUGUACCAAGGAAUUUGCUUUUCCAUCUUUUAUCAAGUAUCAAAAGGAAAGGUCAACUUAGAACGAUAAUCUCUAUAGUCAUGUUUUAAUUAGCUACCCCUUGGCCAUAGGUCUUAAACUAGCAGACCAGACCCUGCUGUUCUUUGACCAGUUGUCUAAGAUGUUUUUUGUGAUUAAGAUGAUCAAAACUUGAAUGCAACAUAUCUUAUUCUUUAGAAAUUUAAAUCAGUUUUAAUUUUUAAAAAUAAUUAGUUUAAAGGAAAUUCAUAAAUGUAGCCUUGACUGUAACAUCAACCCUUUUAGACUUCCUCAGACAUUUUAGAUGGUUGUUAGUCAGAAGCAAGAGUCAGUGAAAUGUUACGUUAUCACAGAUGUCUGAGGUAUUACAUGUAGUCUUUUGUUCUGGUCAUAAAUUGUAACUGAGGAUUAAAGGACUACAAUUUAAAUAAAGCUUUUGGUGCCUUAAAAUACCAAGCAUUUCAGUCCUGGUUAAACAUCUAGAUAAACCUUGAAAGGGGGAAAAACGAAGAGAACAAAAGAUAAAUUAAUAGUUAUUUAUUUAAAUACAUAAGCCUCUACAAAUGUAACGCUAAAGGCGCUAUUUGGAUACAUUUUCACAAUGCUCCCUUAGGAUUUUCAUGAUUAUGAUGAAACUAAAAUUUGGAAACUCCUGUUAAAUGGUACAUUUAGCAAUUCAUACUAAGUUUUCUAUAUUAUUUAGGUACAUAGCAAAAAAAAAACUCAUUACUUAGAAAAAACAUUUGAAUUUUAAAAGUCUUACAUAGAGCUUAAAACUUUAGUCAUAUAUAUAUUUAUUGCAAAGAAAAUGGGCUUUUUUUAGCCAGAGGUUUAUACAAGGUGCAUUUAUGCACUUUCCUACUUUAAACAAAAUGGAAAAUGUUUUGAGUAUCAAACAGUAUAAUAUCUACCCUGUAGAUGGCAUUUUUAUCUAACACUAGUGUGUUAGCAACAUGAAAAUUAUUUUUAAACAAUAUGUAAAGUCAAAGCUGGUUCUAAAUAGUCUCUGCUGCUAAAGUAUUAAUUAUGAAAUUUGGCACUAGAUUGCAUCUAGAACCUGCAACUGUGCAAGUUUGUCAUUCAUUUUGUAUAGCAAUCAAAGUAAAACUUGUCAUUGAGUAUGCAGAAUUAUUUUUGAUAACAGUAACUCAAAUCCACUACUGUAGUCUGGAUACUAGCUGCCAUGUUGUAUAGCAAUUACUUGAAUUAAAAUUAAAGAAUUUCUUUUUUUUCA